AUGUCUCGACAAAAUAAUAAAUUACAUUAUUAUGCAGAAGGAGAUAUUUUAAUCAUCGUAGAGAAUACAACAUUUCGUAUACACAAGAAUAUAAUAGUAUUAGCUUCAAAAAUGUUUUAUGAUAUGUUUAACUGCGCUGUACCAAAUUCACCUUCAGAUGAUAUACCGGAGAUAGUAUUAGAGGGAGAACAGAGUAAAACAUUUGAAGAUUUAUUAUCGUAUAUCUACCCCAAUACAUAUAUCAUGAUAGAUUGGAAAAACGUCGGUGAAUUCUUGAGAUUUUCAGAAAAAUACAUCAUCGAUUCAGUCUUAAUAAGCGCGAAAAUGUUCCUUGAGAGAGAAUUUCGCAAGAAUCCUUUAUAUUCAUUAUUGCUCGCUGAUACAUAUAAUUUUAGAUCCCUUUACAAAGAAUCAUCCAAAUUGGUCCUAGACAAAUUUCCAGAGUAUAAAAAAAGAAAAGGAACCUUUUCUCAACUUUCUUCAUAUACUCGGGAUUCUUUGACCAAAAAAUACAAUUCCUACACGGAUUCUCUGGCUAAAUUGGCCAAUAUAGAAUUCACUUCAGGUUACUUACAUUGUGAUGAGUGUAACAAACCUACCGAACAUGAUAUAAGGAUCAAUCAAGAAUUUAUUGAAAGAAGUAGACAAGUACAAGUGUUACCUUUGCCUUUACCACCCACCCCUCCUUCUAUUACGAGAAGAAAAUUAUUUAAUAGCCUUGGAUAUAGAACUUGUGAUAAUCAAUUCAUGACUUUUCAAUUACCUAGAAAAUUUAAAAAACAUUUUGGUGUUUUUGAACCCCUAGAGUGUAAAAAACAUAAAAAAGAUCCUGAUUUUUAUCUUUACAUUGAAUUAGGUGAAUAG